CGUGUCUUUUGGGCAACUAAAUGCUACCCGAGACUGUUCGUCGAAGAAGUGGAUAGUUUUCUUUUCGUAUGCCGAUACUUAAGAAGUUCAUAUGUACCAUGGAUGGCCAGUCGUGGAGAGAAAUGCUCAACCCAAAGCCUAAAGUGUACGAAGCUGCUCGUGAUGGUGCCGUUAUUCUACUAAGCAAUGUUCUUGAAAAAAUGUCGAUCAGCGAAAGAAGUUCUGCUUUGGAAACGAAAACAAAAGAUGGCGAUCAAGUCACCACCCCUAUUAUAAUUGCUGCCCGUAAUGGAAAUCUAGAAUCGGUAAAAAUGCUUCUCAGAUACAAAGCAGACAUCGAAUCUCGUGGAACAGUGAAAGUUGAUGAUCAAGUAAUCGAAGGUUGUACCCCUCUCUGGGCCGCGGCUGCCACGGGGCAUCUGGAUGUUGUGAAGUUGUUAAUUGCACAAAACGCGGAUGUAGACGGAAGAACGCUGACGAAUUCGACGCCCUUGAGGGCGGCCGCUUACGAUGGACGUCUAGACAUUGUUAGCUGUUUGGUUGAAAAUGAGGCUGAUGUGAAUGCGCGCAACAACUUUGAAAACACUCCUCUGAUGGUAGCUUGCUAUAAUGGGCAUAUGAUAGUGGUUAAUUAUCUGAUCAAGUUUGGGGCUGACAUGGAUUUACAAGACAAGCAAGGCAAUACUGUUCUUCAUUACGCUGUUGAAAGAGGUCAUUUUGAGAUUGCCAAUGAGCUUUUAGCUUUGGGAGCAUCGCAACUGCCAAAUGUUCAACGUUUGACACCACUUCUCUUGGCCAGUAAUGACUGUAAGAUUGAAAUGGUUGAAUAUUUCAUCAAGAGACCUGAGUGUACAAGGGAACAAAGAAUUGAAGGUUUGGAGCUUCUUGGUGGUACCAUUGCUAAUGAACCAGAUGUCUAUGAUGUUGAGAAAGCAUUUUCUUACAUGAAACGUGGAAUGGAAGAGAGAUUUACAGAACCUUCACACCCAUUGCUUAAAAAGCAAAUGGAACCACUAGAAGUUUACCAGAACAGAAAGGAAAGUCAAAAUUUGCCGGAGCUUGCCUUAAUCGAGGGCAAUGACCAUGCAAUUCACAUGGAGGGUCUAAUAAUCAGGGAAAGAAUCCUUGGAACAGAUAAUACAGAACUCCGUUUUCCCAUUAGGUACCGUGGUGCUGUUUUUGCUGACUCUGGCAAUUUUGAUCUUUGCAUUGGUUUGUGGGGACAUGCAAUGGAAAUUGGUCAGCGAUGUAAUCAACCAAUCACAGAUGAUCUCAAGAUAUUUGCAGACUUUUUUUGCCACAUGGUGCAGAGACAUUGUCUUCCAAAGCAGAGAUACAUCGAAGAAGUGUUUGAAAGAGCUAUUAGUGAAUAUGAGAGACUGACAGAGAAAGUGCAGUCCAAGAAGAUUAAAGGUGAGCAUGAAGCUAAAGUACUGAAAGAUGAGCAAGAGUAUGUAGUGUAUCGUGCACUCUAUCUCUUGACAAUAUUCGCCAAGGUACAGGAUUCAAAAAAUGAAGAAAGGUCUCGCGUUUUUGAUCUGAUUGAGAAGUUCCUUCAUUUGAACCCCCGCACUCAUGAAGGCAACACUAUGCUCCACUUGGCUGUUUGGUGUAAUACCCCAACCGAGGAACACUAUGUACGAGAUGUGUGUAAAUUUCCUUGUGUUGAGACCAUGAAGCUCAUUAUAAAAGCUGGUGGCAAUGUCAAUGCAGUAAAUAACAAGGGUAACACUCCUCUACACUUAGCAGUGGCUUAUAAACCUGUGCCUGGAGGCCUGCAAGUGCUGAGAGAUGUCUUAGAGGCACUUUUAGAUGGUGGGGUACAUGAAGAUCUUGUAAACAGUGAUGGAAAAACAGCCAUGGAUGUUGCAGAAACAGAUGAAGCCAGAAGAGUUCUUUCUGCGAAAAGCCGGCUGGAAUUAAAAUGCAUAGCUGCUAGAGCUGUCAGAAAAUUUGGCCUGUCCUACUUUGGUGUUGUUCCAAAGACUGUUGAAAAGUUUAUUAGCUUACACUAAGAUUGUCAAAGCAUUCAUAAAUAUGAUCUUAGGAUAAUGGCUUUCAUUAUUAUUGUAUUACAGACUGUCCAACCAUCCUGAUCUUGUCAGGAUUCCCCCAAGUUUGCUUGAAAAUCCCAAAUCCUGUAAUAAUUUUAUGCGAUCAGCAUAGGAAAAAAUCUGAUUGACACCUGACAAAGUAAUAUUCAAAGGAAACUGAAAUUUAGAAAACUUUAAAACAAGAAAUGUGAAAUAAGAUCGAGUCAUUGUAUGCAAAACCAUGUGAACAUACAUGUAGAUAGACAUUAAAAAUGACAAUUAAUUUAGCAAACAUUUUAGACAGGAAGUUCUCUCAGAACACUAGAAAUGGUUUUGCAGAGCAUAAAGUUUUCAUAAUUUCUUUGGGAGAGCAUGGUGCCGCACUCCCAAAACUGCUAUUUGUGCCUUUGGCACUUGCAUGAUUUGUCGGUCAUUGAAAAAUAUCCCGAUUUUACAUACUCAAAAAGGUUAGACAGUCUGGUAUUAGGAGCAGCAGUACCGUCCUUGUAUUGACAUGUUUAGCUUGUAGUUAUAGCUACAUGUAGCUUGUAGUCCAGUGGCAUCAUUACUCAAAGUGACCAUGUCAACAUAUUUUGUAGAAAUAGAACAUCGAAAUGUUCAGAUUUCAAGUGGAAUGGUGCUUUGAUGUCAUUUCUGUGGUCUAUAAGAUUACAGACGGUGGAGAAUUGUCUUUUGUUUGACAAGAACAGAAAGGGUUUUUAACAUCCUUGGGUGGCGAAGUUUCUUGGAAAGUUGUGCAUGAGAAACUGAGAAAAACAGAUAAAUUGUGUCAUCAUUUAAGUCACUUUUCUUGACCAACGAGUGUUUGGAAACUAUGAGUUAUUGUAAAAAUUGAAUAACUGGAGAAAAAGAAUUAGCAGAACAAAUUGUUGGAAGUCUGAUGCACCAAAGAAAUGGAUAACCCGGUUUGCCAAUCAGUAGAGUUAA